AUAACCGACGUUUGCCCGUCUGCAUCGUCACUGGCCGAUAGAUGAUCGACAAUCAAGCUUUCUCCGCACUGGAUCUGCUUCGGUGCGUUAACGGACGAAUAACAUCCUAUCUUGCUAUUUUUGAGCCGAGGAUGCUUCGGCCACAGCGCAAUACACAACUCCGUUCGAACAGGGAAUAGAAGACACGGAGACGCGCCCGAGAACUACGGGGGAGGGGAAUCAAAGCUCAACACCUCUUAAGAGGAUCGAAUCUCUAUUCUUCCAUCUUGCCCUACAUCAUCUUCGACGCAAGCCUUGUAUUCGUCGGAAAAUCCGGGGAUUUGAUAGCCCUUGAUUCCAAGCUGACCAGACAUCAUGGCCAUAGGAACUGCGGCUGCAGCUGUUGCUGGCGGUACCGCUCUAGCUGCGUACUUAAACGCAAAGUUUCAUAUUGCAAAAGAUGUCUCAACUAUACGAAGACUCAGGCAGGCGCAAAAGGCUCAUGAUAAUGCAGCUGCACAGGGUCUUCUGGAUGUCUGGUUCAUAUUCGACGAGGUAGUUAAGAAAUACCCGACCACUACAUGCAUAUGGUCUCGCGAAGGUGUCUAUACCUUCCGAGAGGCCCAUGCGCUCGCUAGCAGAUAUGGACACUACUUUCUGUCUAUAGGCGUCAAGCGGGGAGAUCUCGUUACAUUCUACUUACAGAACAGCCCGGAGUUCCUCAUCGUGUGGCUUGGUCUUUUGAGUAUCGGGGCUUCUCCGGCUGCGAUAAAUUACAAUCUGUCUGGGGAUGCCCUCGUUCACUGCUUGAAGAUUAGUGGAGCGAAUAUCUUGCUCGUCGACGAAGAUGAACAGUGCCGCAGAAACAUUGAAGCGAGUAGAGAAAUACUCGAACGGGAGUUGAACCUGAAGCUUAUCACGCUGGAUUCGUCCCUCAAGGCGCACGUUCAAACUUUUUCUGAUAAACCAGCCGAUGAACAAUAUCGAAAGAAUUUCCCCCGCCAGGCUCCUGCCAUCCUGCUCUACACUUCUGGAACUACCGGAAUGCCUAAAGGCUGUGCGUUUACGAUGUCCCGUCUAUAUUUGACAGUGUUCGCACGCGGUGCCCAAUUCCACGAGGCGCCUGGCGUCGGUGGGGAUCGGUGGUAUAACUCGAUGCCAAUGUAUCAUGGAACAGCGGCAAUUUCGAUGAUAGUCGUUUUACUAUCCGGCGUUGGAGUAGCCAUUGGGCGGAAGUUCAGCGUACGCAACUUCUGGAACGACAUUCGGGAUAGUGAAAGCACCGCCUUUGUCUACGUCGGCGAAACCGCUCGGUAUCUACUUGCAGCUCCUCCAUCACCACAAGAUCGUCAACACAAGGUCCGAUUGAUGUAUGGCAAUGGCCUUCGCCCCGAAGUAUGGGAGAAAUUCCGUGAACGUUUUGGUAUUGCCGAAGUAGCGGAGUUCUUCAGCAGCACCGAAGGCAUCUUCCAACUACUGAAUUAUUCUCGUGGUCCUUUCCUGACUGGUUGUGUCGGCCAUCAUGGUUUGAUUUACCGUACACUGCUCCGCAAUUCCUACAUUCCCGUGGCCAUAGACCCUGUCACCGGUGAUGUACUGCGAGAUCCGAAGACAGGUCUCGCAACCAGGAACCCUUACGAGAAGGGAGGUGAAAUAAUCGUCGCCAUACCAGACACGACCGCUUUCCAGGGUUACUGGAAAAACCCAGAAGCAACAGAAAAGAAGUUCCUGCGUGAUGUGUUCCGUAAAGGAGACCUGUACUAUCGUUCCGGUGACGCAUUGAAAAGAAAUUCCGACGGACGAUGGUACUUCCUAGACCGACUUGGCGAUACAUUCCGCUGGAAGAGCGAAAAUGUCUCUACGGCUGAAGUCUCACAGGUGAUAGGGGAAUUCCCUGGUGUCGUCGAAGCUAAUGUAUAUGGGGUCGUCGUUCCCCACCACGAAGGUCGUGCGGGCUGUGCUGCGAUUCAACUAUCGCCAGAAGCUAAGGGCAAUUUCAACUUCCAGGCUUUGGCUACUCACGCGCGCUCCAAGCUGCCUAGAUAUGCUGUGCCGGUUUUCCUACGGGUCGUGCAAAGUCCAAGCCAUAUUCAUAACAACAAGCAGAACAAGGGUCCACUACGAGAGGAGGGAGUCGAUCCAGCUAAGACUGGGUCCCGUGUCAGUGAUGGCAAAAUGGAUCGACUUUUAUGGCUGACUCCCGGGAAUGACGGAUAUGUUGACUUCGGAAAAGAACAGUGGGAUAGUCUUGUUGCCGGUAAGGCGAAGUUGUAAAUUUCUCUGAUAGAAACCUGAUAUACGCUUUAAGUAUAUGUUUAUAUAUAGUUAUUAUUAUUAUUUAGCUCAUUGGAUUUGUAUCUAGCUCCUAGCUCCUAGCAUCUCGUGCAGACCUUAUCUGAUAUUGGCAUGUCUUC